AUGCUCUCGAGGACGAUUCGCCGCGCCGCCAAGCCGGCCACGACGACGCGCUCGUUCGAGCGGUACCUCAACCUGCACGAGUACCAGAGCUCGGCGCUGAUGAAGGAGAAUGGCAUCAAUGUGCCUGUCGGCAUAGCAGCCCACUCUGCAAAAGAGGUGCGUGACCGCGUGUGCUGA